UUCACCCUUCACUUCAUUCUUUGUACCGUUUCGCGAGCUCAUUAAUGCGAGACAAGUCAGAGCAUAGGUUAACCCGACAGCAGGAGCUCGCUCGGUAAUCAAUAGCAACCGGAAAGUCUUUUAAAUAUUUAGAUGAUCGAGAGUAACCAGUGUAGGUGACCGGGCUAUCCCAGGUCAGAGUGGGAGAUUUUUCGCGGGAUGAGAGCCACCAGGGGACUCGCGCACUGGGAUUAUUCAGGGUGCAGGUAGUGCGCAGCACACCCACAGAGGGCAGCUGCGGGCGAAUGGUGUCCGACCUGAUGGUGCGUCCGAUCCCGGGCUGAUGACAAAGAGGGUGAUCCGACGAAUGAGUAACUUGGGAGCAAGCGAACCGAGAUGAUCGCGGCGUUUUUUCCUUUUAAGAAACUGCGACGAAAUGUCAGAUAUUUUCUGUUUGGGGCGAUUCUGCUGGUCGGAGUUUUCGCCCUCUACCAUGAGAUGGUCGCUGCAAAGAUGUGGAGCAGUAAUAUCAGUAUGAAUCCUGACACUGAUGUCGUCCAGUGGAGGAGAGUCAUGCUUGACCAAAGGGAUGAUCAACCAGUUUCUGUGGAGGAUUCAGCUGCUUGGAUCUCCAGCUACACUCCACAAACCUGGAAACCAGAGUUUAAGGGACAGGCUAAUCUGCAUGUGUUUGAAGACUGGUGUGGCAGUUCGACAGCUGAUCUGCGCAAGAAUCUGCACUACCCACUAUAUCCUCAUUCCAGGAGUACGGUGCAGAAACUGGCCGUCUCUCCUCAAUGGAUCAACUAUGGACUCAGGAUAUUUGGUUAUUUACAUCCAUACACCAAUGGUGACUUUGUGUUUGCUUUAAGCUCCGAUGACAACUCUGAAUUGUGGCUUAGCACAGAUGACUCCCCUGUCAAUUUGCAGUUGUUGGCUUGGGUUGGAAAGACUGGCACAGAAUGGACAGCCCCAGGGGAAUUUGAGAAGUAUGCCAGUCAGACCUCCAAACCAAUUAGGCUGUCUGCUCAGAGAAGAUACUUUUUUGAAGUUAUCCACAAGCAAAAUGACAGAGGGACUGACCAUGUGGAAGUGGCAUGGAAGUUCCUGGGCCAAGGCUUGAGGUUUACGGUUAUUGAGUCAAAGCACAUCUCCCUCUAUGCUAAUGAGUCUGCUUUGUUGAUGAAUGAUGUUGCCCACAUACCACAGACGGCUGCAAGCCACCAACACGCCCCCACAAAACAGCGCAGUGUUGCAGCUGACAUGCUGAGGGAUGACCCCAGAGACGCACUCUACAAAGUUCGUCUGAUAAACAGCAAGUUCCUGCAGGGUGUUCUGCCUGACUGCUCAUACAAACCCAGCUACACAAUCAAAGACUUUCCUCUGGAGCGAUACCAGGGACUGCAGUUUGUCCACAUGUCCUACAUCUACCCAAAUGACUACACACGGCUCACGCACAUGGAGACAGAGAACAGCUGCUUCUACCCCGAGAGCCCUUACAAAAUGAAAAUAUUUGGUUUCUCUAGAUACAUGAGAUUAGACCGUCCAGAUGCACAGGACAGAGGAAAUGCAGGCCGAGAUUUUAAUUUCCAGAAGAAGAAGUCAUUUCUUGAUGAGGAGGACGGCAUAGACAAUAAAGCCAAUGAGCGAGAGAAGAAAGUCAGGUUUAACCAGAUGAACAACGCCCUUUUCCCAGACUAUGGGGAUGAUUAUGAUGAUUAUGUUCAGAAGCGCAGGCGCAAACUCUUCUCCUUGGUCACUCAAGAGACUAACCGCACUCUGGACAAAUCCACAGACGAAAGACUGCACACACAGGAGUUUCAGAUCAGACAAAGCAAAGAAACCUUGCCACAGCCUCACCCAGAACCAAUAAAAAGAGCUGAGUCUGUGCAGCUGAUGCCUAUGCAAGCCUCCAAACAUCUGGAGCAAAAUGGGACACAAUUAAAACAGGAAGGCUCAGUUAAACGAAUGAAAUCAAGUGUAAAGUUAAGACCGAAAAAGAGGCAAAAAGUAAAUUUAUCUAAGAGAUCAGAGCAGAUGAAUCCACCAAUACAAGUUGAUAAAGAACAGCUUAGAGCAAAGCAACAACCAACUGUUCCAUCAAAGCAACUUGACUCUAAAUUGGAUCAGAUCCAGAGGACUCAUAAAGUUAACCAUACCCAAAUCCAGAGCAUCAAAGACUCUCAGCUUAAAAACCCAGACACGGAUGUCCGUCUGCCUAAAAAAAACAUGGUGGGCAAUCAGUGGAAGUUUGUGACCAAGGAGAAAGAACUGGCCAACACCAAGCAUUUUACCUCUCCAAGGAAAGAUGCCAACCGCCUCAUGGUAAGGUCAAGUCAAGUGGAGCCACAACGUAGAAAAAGGCGGAGGGAAAAAGAGAUAGAGAUGAAUGUACCUCUACAAGAUGAUGCAGAAAGUCACAAACACAGAGUAAGGAUGACUGAUCAAGAAAAAAUUAUCAAAACACGGGCAGAUACAAAAGGAGACGAGGAUGAGGCAUGGAAUAAGGAUGAUGUUAAUAACAGAGGUGAGGGCAACAGAGACGCAUGGGAGGGUGAUGAAGACUCUCCUUGGGGGCAACCAGGAGACUUUGUAGAUGAUGAGGAUCUUACUACAGCACCCGUGUUUGACAUUAAGGUCAGUUGGAACCAAACCUUCCAGGUGAACCACCUGGACCUCCAGGCACAUCGCUCCGAUUGGAUCGACCUGAACUGCAAUGUCUCUGGAAACCUGCUGCUUGACCCCAGUGAUGCUUUGCCCAUGGUCAAGGCUUUCAUGGAGCGUCUCAAUGCAAAGCAUCGUGGGCGGUUUACACUGGAGCGUGUUGUUAAUGUGGUAAAGCGUGUGGACAGGGUCCAGGGAAACAGAUAUCUUCUCGAGCUGGAGCUGAGAGACGCCAACGGGCAACUGCUGCGUCUUACCCACUACAUCUAUGCUCUGAUCCGCCACAGCAGGCAACGCAGCGAGGACUACGGUUUCCUGCGGCAGAAACCACAGCUGGUUCUUUGCAACCCGGUGGGCUUCCGCUGGAAUCCUUUUGCCACCGUCCACUUCAUUGUACCAGUGAAAAAUCAGGCUCGCUGGGUGCAGCAGCUGAUUGUAGACAUGGAGCAGCUGUUCAGGAAAACGGGGGAUGCAAACUUUAACGUCAUCAUCACAGACUUUGACAGCACUGACAUGGAUGUGAGGAAGGCCCUGCAGAAAUCAUCACUCCCCAGGUACCAGUACGUGAAGCUGAGCGGGAACUUCGAGCGCUCUGCUGGUCUGCAAGCAGGAAUCAACCUCAUAAAUGAUGAUCACAGCAUUGUGUUUCUUUGUGAUCUCCACAUCCACUUCCCUUCUUCCAUCAUUGAUAUGAUCAGGAAGCACUGUGUGGAAGGGUACAUGGCUUUUGCUCCCAUAGUCCUCAGACUAAACUGUGGUGCCAUCCCAUUAGAGGCCAAAGGUUUCUGGGAGGUGAAUGGCUUCGGCUUGCUGGGGAUCUAUAAGUCUGACUUGGAUGCAAUCGGAGGAAUGAACACCAGGGAAUUUAGAGACCGUUGGGGAGGAGAAGACUGGGAGCUACUUGAUAGGAUCCUCCAGUCUGGACUGGAAGUGGAAAGGAUCUACUUGAAGAACUUUUUCCAUCACUAUCACUCCAAACGUGGCAUGUGGAAUCGGCAGAUGUCAACAAGCCACAGGUGACCUUGUCACCUGGUGCCGCACUAUGACAUCGCCAUGGUUACAUCCAUGGCACCCGAAGCACCUUAAGGCCAGAGCCUGACUCCUGUUGUGUCUUAGCAACACCUACUGAGGAGUGGAGAAUGGGACAGCAGAUUGGAUGCUGCCUUCAUUCACUCAGGGUGUGAUGCAGGUGUAAGCAGUAAAAGUCUUUGCUAAGGAGAUACUACUGUUCAGAGUUUUUCACUGGAUAUAUUUCAGACUACUAAGAGGGUUGAUGAGUCCCACUGACUGGAAGAUUCUGUGUGUGAAGAUACUGCUGCGUGCAAUGUUACUUACUGAAACCCUGAUCCUCACUACAAGUUACAAGAAAAAGGACUUGAUCCAAAGACAAGCUGAACUUAAAGACAGACUCCAGGGAUGCACACACACACACACACGUAUAAAAGGGUUCUAUACUAUAAAACUCAGUCUUGCACAUGAGUCUGUACUGGAAAGAUUUUUAUUUCUUUGUGACAAAAUAGAAAUAAAUCUAUUUUAUUAUUGAUGGGAAGGCCAUUUCUGUCAUGUUGUGGAUUACAGAAUAGUUCAUAUUUAUUAAAUCAGUUUCUUUUUAAGUGGUUUUGUUUUGCAUUUGCAUUCAUUUUAUUUCCAAUCACCAUCAUGUACCUCAGUUUACCUUUUAAGUGAUCUACCCUGUUCGUAGUUAUAUCUGUCUUCUGAUCUGCUUCUGAUUGUCAUUCAGCUACAGGGGGCUGCUCUACAGAAAAACUGGGAAAAGUCUUAAUGCUGAUUUUUUUCAUUUGAGUUUUUUGUUCUAAAAGAUGACGAGCUAGGGCUGAUGCUUUUGUUUUGCCUCAAGUAAAACCGCUAUUAUUGAUAAGAAAUCUAAAACUGAUUUGUUGUGACAGUGUUGUGCCUUUCUGAACCCACUGCCUUUUUCAAAGAUAACCGUGUGGAGUUGAGAAGUUUGCGAACUUCUGUUUGUUUUAAUGUGACAAUCUGGAAAGUCUUCUCAAAGACAGCGUUGUAGUUUGUGACUGCUGUUAAUGUUCUUUUCGGCAAUCUUUCUGAUUUACAUGAAAUCUAUACUUAUUUCUUUUUCUUGUUUUUUCAUAACUUUUUUUACUGUCAGCGUAAUUGUUAGAUAAGUUAUUUAUGGAUGAUGUUAUUUAAAAUGAGGGGAAAAGCAGCAUUUUUUUUUCUGUUAACAUUCCAGUUGCGUAAAAUGGUUGUGCCUUCAUUUGUUGUGCAGUCAUUUCAGACAUAGUACGCAUUCACUUGUCAUUUAGGACGGUGAAAGCUGCAGUUCUUGGCUGAUGCCCGACUAUAGAGCUGAGAGCGCAGUGAUUAUAUUUUUGUUGUUGUUUGUUCUGUUUUUAUAUUACAUUUUGCCUUAAUGGUUUAUGCUUUCCCUCUUCUUCCUAAACCUUUAUUGCGUUUUUAUUUCUAAACCUGCCUUUUUGUUUUUUAAAAAUAUCUUGUAGAUGAUCUCUUUAUGCUGGAAUAUCAGUCUCUAAGUUACUGUAAAGUUCUGGAGUCUCCUCUCAGGGACGUGUUACACUGCCAUGACAAAUCUAAGGAUUAAAUAUAUUUUUAAAAAG